AUGAAGGCCUCUCGUAUGUUCCUUCUGCCCUUCGUGUUCUUGGCCUUCCUCGCCUACCGUUCCCUCGCACAGAGUGAGUCUGAUCUUGUUGUGACAACCCGACUGGGUCGUGUGCAGGGCAUUCGCUUGCCUUUGCCAGACAGAAGUCAUGUGAUCGCCUUCUUGGGCAUCCCAUUCGCUGAGCCACCUGUGGGGAAAAGGCGUUUCCGGCCACCUGAACCCAAAAGGCCCUGGAAUGGUGUUGUUGAGACAAAGGAUUAUGCCAGUGCGUGCUACCAGGCUGUGGACACUACAUACCCAGGUUUCCCCGGCACAGAGAUGUGGAAUCCCAACCGGAUGAUGAGUGAGGACUGCCUGUACCUGAAUGUGUGGGUACCAGCAUCACCUAGGCCGCACAACCUCACCGUCAUGGUGUGGAUAUAUGGUGGAGGAUUCUACAGUGGCUCCUCAUCACUGGAUGUCUACGACGGCCGCUACCUGGCACAUUCUGAGAAGGUUGUUGUGGUGUCUAUGAACUACCGUGUGAGCGCUUUUGGAUUUCUGACCUUGAACGGCUCCUCUGAUGCCCCCGGUAACGUUGGCCUGCUGGACCAGCGCAUGGCACUUCAGUGGGUACAGGACAACAUCCAGUUCUUUGGUGGCAAUCCCAAACAGGUCACAAUCUUUGGGGAGAGUGCAGGCGCAGCCUCAGUGGGCAUGCACUUGCUGUCACCUGAAAGUCGGCCACUCUUCACCCGCGCCAUCAUGCAGAGCGGCGCACCUAACUGCCCAUGGGCCACUGUCAGCUUCGAAGAGGCUCGCCGGAGGGCCACUCAGCUGGGCAAACUGGUUGGCUGCAACGAGGGGAAUGACACAGAAUUUUUGGACUGCUUGCGUAACAAGUCACCCGAGGACCUCAUUGACCAGGAGUGGCAAAUACUGCCCUACAGCAGCCUCUUUCGCUUCUCCUUUGUGCCGGUUGUGGACGGCGUGGUGCUCCCCGACACGCCAGAUGCUAUGAUCAGCUCGGGCAAUUUCAAAGACACCCAAAUCCUGCUGGGAGUUAACCAGGACGAAGGGUCCUACUUCUUGAUUUAUGGUGCUCCAGGUUUCAGCAAAGACAACGAAAGCCUCAUCUCUCGAGAAGACUUCUUGGAGGGCGUAAAGAUGAGCGUUCCCCACGCGAACGAGAUUGCCCUGGAGGCAGUGGUUCUACAGUAUACUGACUGGAUGGAUGAGAACAACCCGCUCAAGAACCGCGAUGCCAUGGACGAUAUUGUGGGAGACCAUAAUGUCAUCUGCCCCUUGCAACAGUUUGCUCGGGCCUACGCCCAGCUACAUACCCGCCAUGCUCAGUCUACAAGUCAAGGGACUUUUGGAUGGGGCAAUUCAGGACCUGCCAGCAACAGUGGCAACGCACAAGGUGGUGUGUACCUGUACCUUUUCGAUCACCGAGCCUCAAACCUGGCUUGGCCAGAAUGGAUGGGUGUGAUCCAUGGCUAUGAAAUUGAGUUUGCUUUUGGGCUUCCCUUGGAAAAGAGGCUUAACUACACAGCGGAGGAGGAGAAACUCAGCCGACGCAUGAUGAGAUACUGGGCUAACUUUGCCCGCACUGGUAACCCCAAUAUUAACGUAGAUGGCUUCAUGGAUAGCAGGAAGAGGUGGCCUGUGUUCACAAACACUGAUCAGAAAUACAUAGCUCUUAACACAGAGCCUAUGAAAGUGCACAAGGGUUUACGAACACAGAUUUGUGCCCUGUGGAACCGCUUCCUUCCGCGCCUGCUAAAUAUUACCGAUAACAUUGAUGAUGCAGAGAAGCAGUGGAAGGUGGAGUUCCAUCGUUGGAGCUCCUACAUGAUGCACUGGAAAAGUCAGUUUGACCAUUACAGCAAGCAGGAGCGCUGCACAGAUCUCUGAACAGCGGAAAAAAG